UCAUGCGGAGAUGGAGAGCAGUAAACAAGUAACAAAAAAAAGAUGAAUGAAAUGUGUAGUUUCUGAGCAACCUUCUUGUAUGCCUGUCUUCUACCUCACGCCAUAUAAUUACAAAUUACAAUAUAAUAUUCAUAUUCACCUCCCCCAAAAGCGUCCACCUCAAAUCUCAAUUAUUUCGGUCUUCUUCCUGCCAAAAAUCCCUUAACUAAUCAACGUAGACAGCUUUAACUAAUCACACCUCUUAAUCCCCCACCUCCUCCACCACCACCCGUCUUUCCCAUUCCACACCUCAUCCAGUGUCCACCACCACCACCAGCCUCCCUCCCUCUCUCUCUCUCUCUCUCUCUCAAACCCCUGAAAGUCUGCAAAACCCACUAAUUAUUCUCCAACUUUUUUGGGCUUUUUCUCAGUUUCCACUUUUGGCAACUAUGGAGUUGCCAGAGCAGCGCCGCAAGCGGAAGCGCAUGGUGCGGUCCUACUUACAGGCGAAGCAGUAUUUGUCUCUGAGGCGACCCAUCUUUCUCUGCUUCUCGUUCUUUAUCUUCUUUCUGUUCGUAUUAUCCGACCGCUUCCGCCCGGCGUCGUUUCGGCCAGUCCUUAACGCCUCCUCCACCACCCUCUCCCUCCUCUCCUCCACCGCCAGCAACUCGAUACUCGAGUCCUUCGCUGCCCACGGCAACGAAUCGCAGCCGUCGUUUCGAGUCCAAGAUCGAAUCUUGUUUCCCGAUCACGUGCUUUUCAUUGCGCCCAAUCGGUUCGGCCAAGACGAGGAGUUGGAGUGCGUUUACCACAAGCAGUUCAACAGUUCGGGUGACGACAUUCUUGAAGUUAAAGAAAAGAAUAAGCACCUGGAUUUUGCUGUUCGACCGGUUUUGUCCACCGACGACUACGAUGAGUUCCGGUCCAUCGUCCGGUGUCCGCUGCCGCCGCUCAGUUUCUCCACAGCCAUUGAUUUGCGACGACGCGGCAGUUACUACUCGACGGCUGGGACUAACGGCACGGCUUCUCCAUGGAACAAGGUGGUUUACGAGGCGGUUAUUGACGGAGACACGGCGGUUGUGUUCGUUAAGGGGCUGAUACUCCGACCUCACAAGAUAACGGAUCCGACCUGGCUAAGAUGUUAUUUCGAGUUGGGGAUUUUGGACAGAGACGAAAACCACAGCGUCUCUGUGCUUUCCACCGAAGCCGUCACCGCCGCUCAAGAAGUCGUCCGGUGCCUCCUCCCCCGGACUAUCCGUAACAACCCCCACGGAAUCCGAGUCACAAUCGGGUACAACACCAGCCACCCCAGGGCUCCAGUCCACGUCAUUCUGCCUUCCGUGGCCACAAUUCACAGUUCCAAAUCCAAUCCAGUGCAAUCCAAUCCGAAGAAGCACGAGCUUUGUGUUUGCACAAUGCUGUGGAACCAAGCACCGGCGAUUAGGGAGUGGAUUAUGUACCACUCAUGGCUCGGCGUCGAGCGGUGGUUCAUCUACGACAACAACAGCGACGACGGAAUCGAAGACGUCGUUCGGGAGCUCGAUUCGCAGAACUACAAUGUCAGCAGGCAGAGCUGGCCGUGGAUCAAAACCCAAGAAGCAGGCUUUUCCCACUGCGCCUUGAGAGCAAAAGACGAGUGCAAUUGGGUCGGGUUCUUUGACGUGGACGAGUUCUUCUACUUCCCGCGCGCCUUCCGCCGCCGCGGAGGAGAUUUCAGUGUUCCGGGGGAGAACUCUCUGCGAAAACUGGUUUCGAAUUUUUCAAAUUCAGCGACCGUUGCUGAAAUUAGAACCGAUUGCCACAGCUUCGGGCCGUCAGGGCUGAGCUCGCACCCGUCGCAGGGAGUCAUGGUGGGGUACACUUGCCGGCUGCAGAGUCCCGAGCGGCACAAGUCGAUUGUGCGGACGGAGCUGCUCGACGUAACUCUGCUCAAUGCGGUGCACCAUUUCAGGCUGAGAGAGGGAUACAGGCACGUCAAUGUGCCGGAGGGAAUCGCGGUGAUCAACCACUAUAAGUACCAGGUGUGGGAGACUUUCAGGGCCAAGUUUUUUAGGAGGGUGGCGACCUACGUGGUUGACUGGCAGGAGGAUCGGAAUAAGGGGUCGAAAGAUAGGGCGCCGGGGCUGGGGACGGAGGCGGUUGAGCCGUCCGAUUGGCGGCUGAGGUUCUGUGAGGUUUGGGACACGGGGCUGAAGGACUUUGUACUGGGGUACUUCGUUGAUCCUGUAACUAGGUUGCUGCCAUGGGAGAAGAAGUUUCUCACUUCUGCAUAGUAAAUCACAGAGAGCCGCCAUUUUUUUCAUUUUUUUUAAUCUAAUUAUUUUUUUUUCUUUACACAUGUUCUACACAGAAUCGAAUUAAUUUCAAGAGUCUUACAGUGUAAAUUUUGUGACAAUAUCAAAUGAAUUUUUUCUUGGCUUGUAUACAAAUUCAUUUUUCUCAAUCAAAUAAAAUGGAGUACGGAUAUCUUCCUCU